AUGGAGAAGAUGAGCAUUGAGCUUGAUAUUCCUGUGCUAGCUCUGGCUUGCCUAUCAUCAGCCUCGUACCGGCGCUCGGCAUUCCAACCAAGAGAUCAUCUUGAAAGUCUGAUCACCAAACACGGCUACCCCACACCUGUGUCACUCUCUUCCCUGCGAGAUCUGACAGCCACCUCGUCUACUUAUACUCCUCCUUCACCUCGGCGUUACCGGGAUACUAUCCCGAUCGACUUUGACCCGCUUACCUCAUCCUCACCUACAAGACCUAUUCCAAUCCCAAGACGCCCCGGUCCAAUAUACGACCUUCCAGUAACACCACUCACCGGUCGAUUUGAUCACUCUUAUUUUGACGAUUGGGAACGUGCAUCUCAAUCCAACUCCCGACAAAUCCAUUCAAUCCGACCUGUUCGUCGCCAUCCAUCGCGGCCCCUGUCAUCCUCCACGAGGAUGCGUUCUGAUAACUCACCUUACUACUCCCCGGCUACCUCGCCUAUUAUGUCUCCACGACGCUCAAACUCUCCCCAACCUCGCUCUCGAACCCAGAACCCAUCCAAGGCCAAGCAAACCCAGAACUUCCAUCUCGGUAGCUUGCCCCGGUUCCAUCCCGCUGUAUAUCAGUCGAACAGCACUUCCCACACCGCUGCUUCCCAGCCUUCAUCUCCUCGCCAGUCCCGGCAGACUGUCUACCGAACUACAGCUGGGUCACGCGACAUGAUGUGGCAGUACCGUGAAUUCAUCGAGGGCGUUCACCAAGGUCCUUCAGCGCCCCGUUUGGACCCUCUGGUUAGCCCGGGACCCGUCACGCCCCUGGCGCUAGAGGCGGGCGAUUACCUCGCCCAUGGCUCGAUGAACAACACAUCCGAGCGGACUCCACGAGAUGUCACAAAGAACCCCGGCCCUCCAGCUGAGCUGGUGGAGAAGCUGAUUGCCUAUGAGGAGAAGGCUCGGCAGAUGGCUCGAAAGCCCGCCAAGGGCCGGCAAUAG